CCUCAUAUUUCUUAAUGGUAUCACCAUCUCGGCUGUCAAACAUAAUGGCAGGCUUAACUGUUGACAAGUUUUGCAGAAAUGCAUAAUUAUGAGAAUAUAUUAAAACCGUAGUAUAUAUUAGCAAUUCAGGCAAGGUACGCGAGGAAAACAUUUCAGCAGUAUCACUAGCCAUGGCGGCUCUUCAAGUUUUCCUCGUUUUGACUCUUUUUUGGACAUGUCAGUGCAACCAGCUAUUACGAAUGUAUCUUCAGACAACCCUAGAAAAUGCUUACCGGACAUGUCGUGCGGGGGUCAACCCUGGAUUAGUUGUAGCCGUCGUGAAAGAUGGACAAGUUCAGUUCACCCAUGCACUCGGGGUCAAGGAUAAGGAUUAUCCGAUAACCCCUGUGAACAUCAACACCCUGUUUGGAAUUGGAUCCCUGUCUCAAAUUUUCGCAGAUCUUUUGACUCUUGUGAUUAUGAAGAGAAGCGAAGGGUUACGGGAAAAGGGUGUCGACACGACGCUAAGAAACUAUUUCAAUCACAAAGGACUAUUCAAACACUCUUAUUUGCGGUCCCGAUACUCCACUCUACUGGAUCUAAUGACUCACAGGAUGGGAUUCGAGAACCACAGAUUCCUCCGUUUGGACGACACGAUGACCAGAGAUAAAAUCAUGAUGAGAGUACAUCAUAUGGACCCCAAAGGUCGAUUCCGCGACAGUUAUUACUACAAUGAUUUAAUGUAUGGAAUCAUCGCAAAAAUUACUGAGGACAUCAGCGGUCGGCCUUGGGAGGAAAUGGUCUCAAGCGAGAUACUCGCACCCCUUGGAAUGACGUCAACCAAUUUCUUUACGACAUUCAACCCACUUAUCCAUGACGUGGCACGGGGCUAUGUCGAGGACCGGGGGUCUAUGUAUCCUGUUCAAUAUGACUUUUUGAGGAAGUGGACCCGGUUCUGUGGAGAAUCUUGUGUUCUGAGUAGCGCUAAAGACAUGGCGAAUUUCAUGCUGUUUUUACUUGGCAAUGGCACUAUACCAGGCGCAAUGUUACCGAUCCUUGAAACUGACAAUUUACAUAAUAUAUAUAAGCCGUGGAAUAGGAUACAAUCACCAAGUGUGGAUGAUUACUUUUCAAAAGCGGAAGGAGUUCCCAUCUCCCGUAGUCAUACUGGAGUGGGGCUUGGGUUCAAAACGGGGAUGUAUAGAGGCUGGAAAAUGCUAGAACAGACUGGCGAUGUCCAUGGUUACAGCACAAUAAUGACACUAUUUCCGCAAACGAAAUUAGGAAUUUUCAUCGCCAUGACGGGAGAAGAUAGACAUGACUUUUUCAGGACCACCCUGAGUUCCUAUAUCGCCGAUCUUUAUCAUAAGGAGGCACCCUGGCUGAACUCCACCCUUCUGUGUGCUUUUCCUAGUCCAUGGAAAACCCCACCCCCACCUAAAGGAAUACCUGUCAUAACGGAAGUACCACUAAAGCGUCCUAUAUCGGAUUUCGUUGGAAAAUAUCACAACGACCUUUACGGGACACUGAGUAUUGUUGAAAAUAUGGGUCAGCUCGAACUACACUAUGGACUAGGCCAAUUUACAUUAAAACGAAGGGACUCCACUAGACCCAGGUUUUACAUGAUACCAAAGGGACUUAUUGAACAUGCUUUUGAAAUAAGCACGAUGAAAUUUAGGGAACAAAGAGUUACGAAUUUAAUCGAAGGUGUCAAUAUAAAUAAAUUUGAAGAUGCUGAUUUCAUGAAGGUUGGCGUCCCCGCACCACCAUAGGUAGAUUAGAGGAUCAGACUGCAUUUGAAUCGAAUGAAUGAAUGUACGGUAUAAUAUUUGAGAAAAAGAUAUAAAUAAAAAAGAAUGCAAUCCAAAAUCGAAUCGUCAUGCUAUUUUAAAAAACAUUCAUUGAUAUAUUGAUAAACAAUGGGCUUCCCUCUACCAUGAAGAUUUCAGAUUAUUUAUAACGAAACGGGAUCAAUUGAAGACACACAGACGCAAUCACAUACAUGUAUGUUGUACACGUCACUGAAGGUUUUAAAAAUGAUGCUAGAUGUCUCCUUAUCUAGAGCUUCCAAACAUCAAUCACGGCGGUAAACCUCGUAUCGAACUGACGAGCUAUUUGACGUUAGGUAGAAUAUAUAAGAAAACUUUGAUACUCAGUGAACUGACGAGCUAUUUGACGUUAGGUAGAAUAUAUAAGAAAACUUUGAUACUCAGUGAACUGACGAGCUAUUUGACGUUAGGUAGAAUAUAUAAGAAAACUUUGAUACUCAGUGAACUGACGAGCUAUUUGACGUUAGGUAGAAUAUAUAAGAAAACUUUGAUACUCAGUGAUAAAGAUUCACAAUUGUUAUUUGAAAACGGGAUCAAAUUAAUUACGACGCACGUGUUAUACACGUCAAGAACUCUAUCGAUCGCAAUGGCUACCUACCCUCAACAUCCAACUCUCGUCUACAGUAUUUUCUACUGUAGCAAGGUGGAUAGUGCACCAUUAUAUAGCACCGACUACUGCUGACAUACUGCUUAGGUAAUAUCUUACAUGUAGAGUGACAAAUACUAGGGUGUGUUUAAUACGUCCUCUUUGAGGAAGAACGAAUGAGACCACGAGGUUUAUGACGGUCAAACUUCUCUUCCUACUAGCACAAGUCUGUAACUGCAUGUUGUGUUUUAUGUAUUAGUUUGUGAUUGACCUCCUCCUAGCACAAGUUGUGUUUUAUGUAUUAUUUUGUGCUUGACCUCCUCCUAGCACAAGUUGUGUUUUAUGUAUUAUUUUGUGCUUGACCGAUUUGGAUGUAUCUGCUUGAAAUAAAUAAAGCAUCACUGAAGACUUUAAAUCUUUGAACAUAGAAGAGAAACAUCUACUGUUGGAGAAGAUUUCUGGGUAGGGUUUGUGAUUCUGUACCAUCGUCUAGAACGCCAUUUUCAAAUGGAUAAAUUAUGAUAUAAUCUUAUCCAUAUCUGCGUUCUAAUAUUCUAACCUAAAUGUUUUUUAAAAUGGAUGAGUUGAAAUAAAAACUGCAUUUUCUUA